UCUCUCUCUCUCUCUCUCUCUCUCUCUCUCUCUAGAUUAUAGCUCUCUCUGUCUUGCUCUGCCUCUCUCUCACAGUCACAGAUGAUUUGUCUUGUAGCCAAGGUGAUGCUCUGUUACCGUAGAAAAGCAACACAAUAGCCAAAACUACCUAACAAACUCAGAAACACAGGACACUCUCUGCUUCUGUUACAACUCAAUCCUCAUUCCAUGUGAAAAAAAAAACAAUUGCAUUUGUUGUGUUCAUCUCAAUUUUCAUCAUUGGCAAAAUUGCAUGAAAAUUGAGAUGAUUUCUAGUUUCUGAUUCUCUUGCUUGAUUAAAAAAGUACACUUAACCAACUUUGGUAUUCUCAGUGGGAGAAGUAGCAGAUUGUGCUGAACCAGAUUUUAUAGUGUAGGUUGGAUCCAUGGUUGGAAGAGGAAUGGAGUUCAUGUGAUUUCUAAUUCAAAGCUUGAAGGUUUUGCUGACAAAAUUGACUGUGUCUUAUUCUUAAGGGGUGGAGGAACCGAGGAAAAGGGUUAUAGGACUGCAUUGGAAGUUGUUGGAUUGAGCUGAAAAUGGCUUCAAGUGUAGACACUGAUCAAGAUGGUGAUAACAUAGGUAGCAUGUGGGAUUUGGAUCAGAAGCUUGACCAGCCCAUGGAUGAAGAAGCAGGAAGGCUCAGAAAUAUGUACAGAGAAAAAAAAUUUUCAGCAUUGUUGCUUCUGCGGCUUGCAUAUCAAAGUCUUGGUGUGGUUUAUGGAGAUUUGGGAACUUCACCCUUGUACGUUUUCUACAAUACAUUUCCGAAUGGCGUGAAAGAUGAGGAGGAUUUAAUUGGAGCUCUUUCCUUGAUUAUCUACUCUCUCACUUUGGUUCCGCUUGUCAAAUAUGUUUUUAUUGUUUUAAGAGCAAAUGACAAUGGCCAAGGUGGAACAUUUGCGCUUUAUUCCUUGCUCUGCCGACAUGCAAAAAUUAAAACCAUUCCCAACCAGCAUCGCACCGAUGAAGAGCUUACAACAUAUAGUCGUUCCACCUUCCAUGAAAGGUCAUUUGCUGCAAAAACCAAAAGAUGGUUAGAGGAACAUGAAUCUAGGAAGAGCGCCAUUCUUAUUCUCGUCCUUGUUGGUACCUGCAUGGUGAUUGGAGAUGGGAUUCUUACCCCAGCUAUAUCUGUUUUAUCAGCUGUUGGUGGCAUCAAGGUAAAUCAGCCUCACAUGAGUAGCGGUGCAGUUGUGUCGGUUGCUGUUUUAAUACUAGUUGGGUUUUUCAGCUUGCAACACUAUGGCACAGAUAAAGUUAGUUGGCUUUUCGCUCCAAUUGUUCUUCUUUGGUUUCUCCUAAUCGGAGGUAUCGGUUUAUAUAACAUCUGGUACUAUGGAGGCAGCGUUCUAAGGGCUUUCUCUCCUGUGUAUAUAUAUCGCUAUUUUAACAGAAGAGGAAAAGAAGGAUGGACUUCCCUUGGUGGCAUCAUGCUCAGCAUAACAGGAACCGAGGCUCUUUUUGCGGACCUAGCUCAUUUUCCAGUCUCAGCUGUACAGCUUGCAUUUACUUUAGUUGUGUUUCCUUGCCUUCUUUUAGCCUAUUCUGGACAAGCUGCUUACCUUACGCAAAACUUGAGUCAUUCACAAGAUGCGUUUUACCGUUCUAUUCCAGAAAAAAUAUACUGGCCAGUAUUUGUUGUUGCAACAGCAGCAGCCAUAGUUGCUAGCCAGGCCACAAUAUCGGCAACUUUUUCAAUUAUUAAGCAAGCCCUUGCUCAUGGAUGUUUCCCUAGAGUUAAAGUUGUAUACACAUCAAAGAAAUUCCUUGGCCAGAUAUAUAUUCCAGAUAUCAAUUGGGUCCUUAUGGUUCUUUGCAUUGCUGUUACUGCUGGGUUUGAAGAGCAAAGCCAGAUUGGAAAUGCAUAUGGUACCGCAGUUGUGAUAGUCAUGCUGGUUACGACAUUGCUUAUGAUUUUAAUCAUGAUAUUAGUGUGGCGUUGCCAUUGGAUUCUUGUCCUCAUCUUCACUUGCUUAUCAUUGAUUGUGGAAUGCACCUACUUCUUCUCUGUACUCUUCAAAGUUAACCAAGGUGGGUGGGUUCCCCUUGUGAUUGCUGGAGCAUUUCUUGUUAUUAUGUCUGUUUGGCAUUACGGCACGGUGAAACGCUAUGAGUUUGAAAUGCACAGUAAGGUCUCCAUGGCAUGGAUUCUCGGCCUUGGCCCAAGUUUAGGACUUGUUCGUGUCCCUGGAAUCGGACUAGUCUACACAGAGCUCGCGAGCGGAGUACCCCACAUUUUCUCUCAUUUCAUCACCAACCUACCAGCCAUCCACUCCGUGGUUGUUUUUGUGUGUGUCAAGUACCUUCCUGUCUACACAGUCCCGGAAGAAGAGCGAUUCCUUGUUAAGAGGAUCGGACCUAAGAAUUACCACAUCUUCCGAUGCGUGGCGCGGUAUGGCUACAGAGACCUGCACAAGAAGGAUGAGGGUUUUGAGAAAAAGCUUUUUGAUAACCUUUUCAUGUUUGUUCGGCUCGAAUCUAUGAUGGAAGGGUGUUCGGAUUCCGAUCAGUACAGUGUAUAUGGACAGCAAACAGAGCAAUCAAGAGAUGUCCUAUUGAAUAACAAUGGAAACACAGCUUCUUUCAACAUAGAUUCACCAGUUUCCUCAGAAGACUCAAUUUUACCAGUCAUAUCACCACCACAUGUGAAUAUUACUGUCAGGUCCUGUGGUCAAGUUAGCAACCACACCGAGGUUGAUGAGCUUGAGUUUUUGAAUAGGUGCAGGGAUGCAGGGGUGGUUCACAUACUAGGAAACACAGUUGUGAUGGCAAGGAGGGAUUCAAGGUUCUACAAGAAAAUAGCUGUUGAUUAUAUAUAUGCAUUUCUUAGGAAGAUAUGCAGGGAACAUAGUGUGAUCUUCAAUGUUCCUCAUGAGAGUCUCUUAAAUGUAGGACAAAUUUUCUAUGUAUAGGCAUAGCCAUUAGUGAUUACCAUUUUCUGCAAAGCUGGUUCAGUGUAGUAUAUGAACAAACACCUUGCUUGCGGUAAUCAAUGUUACAAUUUGAAGUAAUUGACUUCAGAAGGACCUAUUUUUUGGCAAUUAGCUGUUGAAAUUGACUCCCAAAGGGAUUAAUAGGUUGUUCAGUC